ACGCCUGAGAAGCCUCUGCAGGAGAGGGAAGGAGCAGAGGGGCUCAACCACGAUGGUGUUGCCCUGAAGACCAGACGAGCUGUGCACACCGUGACGGGCUGCGACAGAGACCACGGCUCCAGUAUAUAAAUCAGGCAAAUUCCCCAUUUGAGCAUGAACUUCUGAAAACGGCCUGCAUCUAAGGUCUCCUCCAAGGCCCUCUGGAGUCCAGCCCAUAAUGAAGGUCUUGGCCGCAGGAGUUGUGCCCUUACUGCUGGUUCUGCACUGGAAACACGGGGCAGGGAGUCCCUUACCCAUCACCCCUGUAAAUGCUACCUGUACCACACGCCACCCAUGCCACGGCAACCUCAUGAACCAGAUCAAGAACCAACUGGCACAGCUCAAUGGCAGUGCCAAUGCCCUCUUCAUUUCCUACUACACAGCCCAAGGGGAACCGUUUCCCAACAACCUGGACAAGCUGUGUGGGCCCAACAUGACAGAUUUCCCGUCUUUCCAUGCCAAUGGGACUGAGAAGACCAAGUUGGUGGAGCUGUAUCGGAUGGUCGCGUAUCUGAGUGUCUUCCUGAGCAACGUCACCCGGGAUCAGAGGGUCCUGAACCCCAAUGCCCAGAGCCUCCACAGCAAGCUCAAUGCUACUAUAGACAUCAUGCGUGGGCUCCUCAGCAAUGUGCUUUGCCGGCUGUGCAACAAGUACCACGUGGGCCAUGUGGAUGUGACCUAUGCCCCCGACACCGCCAGCAAAGAUGCCUUCCAAAAGAAAAAGUUGGGCUGCCAGCUCCUGGGGACAUACAAGCAAGUCAUUAGCACGGUGGCCCAGGCCUUCUAGACAGGAGGCCUUACAUAUGGACUGAGAGAUUUCAGGAGCAGGAUCCAGAUGUGGGGGGUGGGGACUCAAAGUGUGCUGGGGUUCAGGGCAUUGUUAAAUGCAAAGGGGGCUGCUGGCAGACCCCAGGGAUUUCCAGCCACUCACUGCACUCUGGGCUGGGCUGUGAUGGAGUCCAUUGAAGCUGAAACUUCCAUAGGCAGGGCCUCCAGAUAGCCCAGCCCCAGCAGGAAGUGGCAUGGAAGAGGCUAAGUGUGGUGAGAUUUCUGUCCCACUAACUUCCCUCGGCCUGUUGUUCACUAGGUGUGUGAACAAGAUGCACGUGUUGUCUAUAGCGGACAGCAAAGGUCUGAGGAGUCUCCUGGUCCCCUGCAGAGUGGCCACCAUCUGGACUUUUGCUGUCCCUUUGAGAGACUUUGGAAGGCUUGGUGGUAAUGUGGGCAGGCCAGAGGAUCCGAAAGGACUCCUUGUCUUUUUGAAGUUUUGUGGGUGGAAGGCAGAGAGGGUACCCUGUGAUGGGAUGUAUCUUCUCUUGAGUUUGAUUGGAGAGUUCAGGCUUAGGGACUGUCAUGUCAGGUGGAAGAUUCUGGAAGGUCACUGGCGGUCUGGCUCUUAGGGAUGACGAGAGGCCAUCUGCAGGUCUGGAAGUCCCUGAACGAGGCCGAGGCCAUCAGAGCGCCAUGGACUCAUUUUCCCUGCACUUUCCCCCACAACCUGGCACCGUUGGGGUCUCCCAGCUGGACCUAGAGGUGGGGUGUGCACAGGUGGGAAGAAGCAGGUUACAAAGGCAGGGGAGGUGUUCAGCAGGUUCCCAGAGUCCUCCCAGGGACGCAGCUGUAACCCUAGGAGCCAAGGAGGGAGCAAGGCAGGCAAGGUGGGGUGCUAGAAAUGCGGGUUUCAUCUGUUUCUGUUGAUGCCAGAGAACAGGUGAUCCUAAACAGACAGAGAGGUAGCCUAGAGUAGAAGGUCACGCCUGAGGCCCUGGAGGUCACACAAAGGUACUUGAGGGGACCGGAGGCUGUCUUGGGUUCCUGGAGCUUGGAGAAGCAGAACUUGAGGUCAGGGUCUCAGGGAAGCUGGAGACCCCAGGGCGCUGUGUGUGACCCAGUGCUGCUUUCUAUUUAUUACUGUAUCCUAUUUAUGUUAACUUAUUGGUGCUUGAAAUGGCAAAGUUAAUUCCCCGAAACAGUUUGAGGCCCCUUACAUGGGUCAGGCCUCACCUUGUGGGGUUUGGUCUGGGAGCUGAUGAUAUUACAGGGAGAAUAAGCCUCAUGGGUGAAGCGUAGAGAAGGGUCGAGAUCAGAGAGCUGCCUAGCUCCGCUGCCUCCCACUGUGACUCACUUUGAGGGUGUCAGGGACCUCCAGAAGGAGCUGGGCCAGUUUGUGGAGUGGUUGAUUUUUUUUUUCCUCUUUCUGGUCUCCAGGGGGGCGGAGCAGUUUGUGGUUGUUGUUGUUUUGUUCCACGGUGCUCUCUGGCGCCCCCUGGAUUCCUGCUAUGCGGCGCACCAUUCAUCACGAAAUGAAUGGCUCUGGAACCUUGGGCAAAGCAGAUUCCUUGUUCCUCAAAGAGCAGCUGAAGAACACUGAGACAUCCUGACUGGGCACCCAGCAUGCUUCCACCCAGCAUGGAAGCUCCUCGGGUGGCCUGAACACCCACAGAAUGCAGGAAGUUGGGGCAGCGCAGGCCCUGAACUGGGCCUGAACGGCUGCCCAGUGCUCCGGAGAAGGGGAGAGCAAAGCCUGGGACACAGACCAGGAAGCUGCGGUCCUUGCUUCAUCGCUGCCUUCCCACUCCCGCCCAUGUCUGGGCUCCCAGGCAGGGAAUCCGAUCUGAUCUCUCCUUUGUGCUGGGGCCAGGCAAGCAGAGGAACGCCCUCGAUCUGGGAGCAGGGUAGGGAGGAAGGCAGCCAAGCUAGGGCAGUGGCUGAGUACAGCACUAGCUGCCUCUCAACCUCAGAGCAGGGCGGCCCUUAGCGGUUCAGCUGCAGGAUUCUGCUCCAUGCAUAUUUGCACCUUCCUUUGUCAUCCUUUAAGCACUUUACCUGGACA